AGCGGUACGUUAUCAGCGCGCAAACGACGCCGUGGCUGGUCGCCAAAUCUUUCGCAACCGAUCUAUAUUUAGCAGCCAAGGUUCCUACAUUACGGCUCGGGAGGGUUAUUGACAUUAAUUCGAAAUUAUACAAUUUGUUAUCUAAUAUUUCGCUGAAGAAACGCAAGACCCUGGAUAAGUGUUCUACACGAUUUCUCCAAGGAGUGCCAAGUUUACGCACUGCCGCAGCACGCGACGCGUUCAUCUCUACUAACAGAAAUAAUACAAGGUCGAAUAUUAUUCACUACAAAUGAAAACCCUGACGAAAACUUGUUUUAAGGAAAAUAUCAUAUAUUUAAUAUCUUUGUCGUUACUCAGAAAUUUCGAUUGCGGACGUCAAAACCACCAAACUCGAAUUAUGUGAAUUCUGUUUACAAGUAGUACUUACUAUUUUAAGAACAGAAAAUACAAAAUACGUGAAGUUUCUUCUUCGUUUUUGAGGUCGAUAAAACACACAGUAUAUACGCAUUCCCUAAAAUGUUACAUUUCUUUCUAGAACCUUCACACAAUGUGCAUAAUAUUAUUACCUUCGAUUGCCGUAGCAUUUUACCGUAACAUAUUAUUAUAAUGUACAUAUCGUAAUCUAAAUAGUCUGUAUCAGAGCGUAUAGCUAUAGUGCAGCAUUGUAUAUUGUCGGAUGGCGCCAUAUCGCCGUCAGCUGCUUUGAAUGCUUUAAUGCAGUAGACGGCGUUGCUUGCGACACACAGUUCAUGAGUUGCCCGCCGGACCCGACUGUCCGGACCGGCCAUGCAAUACACAUUAUCUCACACGUAACGACCGUUCGAUAUCAACAACUCUGUUAGUAAGCACAUUCGACUUUUGUGGUAUCGUCAUCGGUUCGACCUUAGAAGGCCGCAGCUGUGUAAACUUACCUGCAUGUCGGCAAUCAUGUCGAUGGCACAGUUAAUAACUGUGCGGCUUAACAAAUCAGAUCAUCAACCCUUGGGCUUCAGGCUGCAAGGAGGCAAGGACUUCGGCACCCCACUAGUCGUUCAAAAGGUGAAUGGCGGCAGUGCGGCAGAGCGGGCUGGCUUGCAGGCCGGCGACGCUCUGAUUCGCGUCAACAACACAGACGUGUUCACCCUGCGUCACCAAGACGCGCAGGACACCAUCCGCGCUGCUGGUGCUAAUUUAGAACUAACCGUUCAACGCGGGGGAGGUACAUGGCGUCCAUCAGUGACCCCGACCGGCAGCUUGCCGAGACCCGGCUCUCGUCCUCUGGGAGGUACUCCGACUCCGGUGACGAACACAUCCUUGAAGGCGAACCCACAACCGUCGCGCAAUUUCGGCUCCGGGCACAACAAUGUCGCUAAGCCUUUCGGUUAUAUGAACGGUAACGACACCGUCAAGAGUGUCGUGAACAAACAAUACAACACUCCUGUCAAUAUAUACAGCGACAAGACAAUUGCGGAGACCCUGUCGGCCCAAACCGAAGUACUGGCUGGUGGAGUACUCGGAGUUAAUUUCAAGAAGAAUGAGAAGACGUACGAUGCUGAAAAAAGCGCUGUUUUCAAAGUACUUCAGGAGGAGCAAAACGACCCUGAACCAGAAGUGUCGACUCCGACCACCGGCUCAGUGCCCCCGGUGAGCGGACUCCGGCACGUGCAGGCGCCCGUCACGCGACCCGACGCGCCCGUCAACAACACGGGCGGCCUGCCUCCCGGACAGAACAUUUGCGAGGAGUGCGAACGAUUAAUUACGGGAGUGUUUGUGCGCAUCAAGGACAAGAAUCUUCACGUGGAAUGCUUCAAGUGUUCGACUUGCGGGAGCUCUUUGAAGAAUCAGGGCUAUUACAACAUAAACGGUAAACUGUACUGCGACAUCCACGCCAAGCUGGUCGCACGUCAGAAUCCACCAGCGCCGAACUUGGACCCUGUAACCGUGCCACCCGGUGGCCGAGUUCCUACCAACACAUACUCUACGCCUUUGCCGCCACUGUCUACCAAUAACUACAGCAAUGGAUCGUCUUCGCUGUUCAGCCCUUCAAGCAACCUGUCUGGCCCGAAGCCGUUCGGGUCGUCGGUGGGGUCCGCGUACUCUCCGUCGCUGUCCCCCCGCUCGGCGCCGCUGUCCCCCGCGCGGCCCCUCACCGCGCCCGCCCCGCCCCCCGCCGCACCCUUCGCCCCCACUAACGAUGUGCAGACCACAAGCAGUUCUCAGAAACCAGAGUUUAAAAGUCAAGCUGAAGAACGUCUCAUACGAAAAAUGGCUAAAAUGGCAUUAAAUGGAUAUGAAAUUGGCAUUCAACGUAAAAUAAAGCCAGCCGACCACAUCCAAUCUAUGGCUGAUAAAAUACAAGACACUGUCGUUACUAAGCAUCCUCUGAAUACAGAUGGUUCGUCGGAGGAAAACAUUCGUGAGAAUAGUACUCUAAGAAAAAUCUCCACUAACGACAACGUGUACAAAAAUACAGAAUUCGGUAGUAUGAAUGACAGAGUUAAAGAGAGCAAUUUCUUAAAUUCAAUCAUUUUCAAUGGAAGUACUCCAGUACCUCCGCCAUUACCUACAUCUCCUAUACCCACUUUCAAUAUUCAUAGUACACCUCUUGGAGAACCAAUAGUUACGGGUAAUAUGAAAAAACAAUCUGAUUUACCUAAAAAUUUCAAUAUCGAUUACGGCCUAGAUUUCCAGAAUGAAACUUUGAACGGAUCCUUAAAUGACAAUGAUUUUAAAAUAAUUGAUGACCAUAAAAACACAACUAACACUCUCAAAAAGACGAAUGGUUUUCAAAAUUCUUUCCUGAAUGGAAUGAAUUCAACCAAAUCCGAAAAGAAACCAGAUCAAAAGUUUGAAAAUAACAUUUACUCUAAUACAUUGAAUAAACGAAAAUUAUUUGAAAACAAAGAUGAUACUAACAAUUUCAAACACUCGCCAUGUGACUUAAAGAAUGAAAAGAAAAUCAUUGACGUAUAUUCAAAAGCAAAUAAUUCCAAUCAAUCUUUCAAGUUAGACGGUCACGACUUAUCUAACACAACGGAAGAGACAAAGCCGGCAGUUCUGCCGAGUUCCGUUAAAGACAAUUCAUUAGUAUAUGACGCACAUGAUUCAACAACUGUCACCGAUGACCCUCCAUCUAAAGUUUAUGAUACCGAUAAUGACACAUUCACCGAAUCAAAUACUUUAGAAAAAAUAGUUAAUAAUACUGAGGAGGUUGUUAGACGACGACAGAAAAAGAACAUUAGGAAUGAUGACGGUAGAAGGGAUUCUCAUAUCAUCGCCAGACCGCUUAGUACUAUGACUUCUGUAGAUGUUGAAGAGGGAAUGUAUCCUGUAUGUCACAUAUGCGACAAGGCUAUUACAAGAGGUCCAUUCAUCACGGCUCUUGGACGCAUAUGGUGCCCCGAGCACUUCAUCUGCGUGAAUGCAACAUGCAGACGUCCUCUGCAGGAUAUCGGAUUCGUCGAAGAGAACGGACAGCUCUACUGUGAAUUCUGUUUUGAGCAAUACAUAGCACCCGCCUGUGACAAAUGUCAUGCUAAAAUUAAAGGCGACUGUUUAAACGCCAUCGGUAAACACUUCCAUCCAGAGUGCUUCAACUGCGUCUAUUGCGGAAAGUUGUUCGGAAACAACCCGUUCUUCUUAGAAGACGGACUGCCAUACUGCGAAGCAGAUUGGAAUGAGCUCUUUACAACAAAAUGUUUCGCUUGCGGAUUCCCCGUGGAGGCGGGCGACAGGUGGGUCGAGGCGCUCAACAAUAACUACCACAGUCAGUGCUUCAACUGCACGGUGUGUAAAAAGAACCUUGAAGGACAGAGCUUCUUCGCCAAGGGAGGUCGGCCUUUCUGUAAAACACACGCCCGUUAAAAGUCCAAUAAAAAUAAUCUACAACUCGGACACUGUUUACUCGACUACUACUUUUCGUCCGGUUUCGCCGUUGCCAAUCACGCCGCCGGCGGUCGGUACGCCGUCGCCACAGAGAACUAGGAAGUUGGAAACACCCCUCCACUUCGAUGGAGGACUGUUUUCCGACAUAAGAAGUACAGAUGGAAAGUUACUUAGCAAAGUAACGGUCGAUAGGGUGCAGCGUUCCACACACCAUGACGUCAUCGACUCCCCGAGUACUGUUGAGGUGCACGACAAAAAUUACGUCGACGAUAUAAUAAAAUCCGAAACUAUAAUAAAUCAAGACAUAAUAACGGUCAAAUUCACUCCGGUCCCACCGGAAUUCGAUUCCCAAAUGAUAAGUCCGCAACUGGCCAAACGGUCCAAAACACCAAUUCAAUAUCUCAAGGAUGACUUUGUUGAUUUGCAAAGUUACAAAAUUGUGAAUUCUUUAUGUAAAGAAAAACUAUUAGAAGCUAAUGCUUUACGGACACAAUCUGCACAAGAUUUGAUCACAUUAGAACCAACUGAAGUCGAAAGUAGUACUCUAGCCAAGUUUGUAAGAUCUGUGAGUCAACAAAAGCAAAUUAGCUGCAGUGACAGUGAUCCAAUGGGCCAAGAAAUUAAUUCGAUACCAAUUAAAAUGGAGUCGGAUUCUUUAACAAGUUUAGUUGAGAAAUCGAUCAAAACUGCAACUGUGAGUGAAAAUCGAGAGCUCGAUCACUUUUUGAAUACGGACUUGUCAAAAAUCGAGAGGAGCCUUAGUCCUUUGCCAAAUUUCUUGAUCACCGAACAUUUGACAAAAAUUAACAGUUACUUGCAGGAGAGCCUUGACGUCUGCAGUGGUAACGAUAGCAAUAAUCGGUGCACUCCGUCCAUUAUACACGAUAAUGUGGAAACGAAACAUGAAUACUUUAGUGAGGCAUUUGAUUGCGUAAAUGUGCAGCAGAAUAUUCCUGCAAAUAGUGUUUUGGACAGUUCUCAAACGGAAGAGAAUUCUGUUGAUUCUCAGAACAAUCGAUCACUUACCGCACGCGAGAAUUCUGAAUAUACAGACCCUAAGAAAAGUAAGUCCACAUUAAACAGUGUCCGCCGGGGACGCCCUUCGAUUUUGAACGCUAUAUCAAACAUGCCGAUACAUUAUCUCGCAACGAUUUUGUGUAUUUUCUUAAUUGUAUAUAACCUUAUAUACCAAUAUAUUAAAUUAAAUUGUCCAGGUAAUAAAAUAUAAUAUAGAUUUUAAGAUUGUUCAACGGAAUUGUAUGCGUUAAACUAGUCAUUGCAAAACUAUUCAUACGUGUUAUAUCUAUUAGCAAAUGUAUUAAUUUUAGAUCAGGAUGUAAAUAGUCACAUAACACAGCUCCCGCGUUAUAAUUUAACUAAAUUUAUCUAAAAUUAACAUUAUGGCGCUUUUCUCACAAUUGUGACGAUUGACAAUCCCUUCAUAUAAGCUUUGUAAACAGCUUCGGAAUGUUUAAAAAAAAUAUACUAACUUUAACAUCUGUAAGUUUAUUACAUUUUUUUAUAAUUCAUAAUUUAUUUAUUGGUGCACCAAUCUCAUUUUGAAAUUCAUAUUAUCUUCAAUGGAAUUGUUCUAUCGAAAUUUAUGGCUAAGAUGCCUACUUGUAACGAAUUUUAAGAAUUAAAUUAAAUUUAUCAAACAACUGUUGUCCGACAGUUACUGUCCUAGAGUACCUAAUCCUAAGUACAUUAUAUACUUUUUAUAUGAAUUUAGAUAUACAAACUUUACAGCAUUAUCUAUCACAUUUUAUGAUUAUGUGAGCUUAAUAAAGUAUUUAAUUUUAUAA